AUGGGUGCAUCAAGUGUCAAAUCUACGGCCCCAUACAAAGGGUACCGGCCGACGCCCUCCACCCAGUUACUAAGCCUUGGCCGUUCAGAGGAUGGGCCGUGGAUAUCAUCGGCAAAAUCUACCCGGCCGCGUCCAACCAGCACGCCUGGGUUUUGGUCGCAACUGACUAUUUCACUAAAUGUUCGGUCUCUCCGUGUGACCGAACGACCUAGGCAGGAAGAGAAGGACUAUGCGCAGGCCAUGGCUCAGGAGUCAGAAGAUUUGGAGCAAUCCAGGCUCGACGCCUAUAACCUAAUGCAGCCACAAAAGCAGGUCGCGGCGAGGUCCUACAACAAAAAGGUGAAGCAAAGGACUUUCGCCGAAGGCUACUUGGUAUGGCGUGCCGUACUUCCUAUCGAAACUAAGGACCCUCGGUUCGGCAAAUUCUCACCCAAUUAG